GACCAGAGGGGCGGAAUGUGGCGAGUUACCUGCAAGCUGAACCCCAAGCAUCUCCCGCAGGCUCUGAGUCUGAGCCGCGCCGAGCCUCUGAACCCCCAGCAUCCCCCGCAGGCUCUGAGUCUGAGCCGCGCCGAGCCUCUGAAGAAGGCAGCGGUGGGGGGCAUCAAGGGGAAGAGGAGGAUGUUCUCCUUCUCCCUCAGGUGCCGAGUCGGAGUCAUCAGGGGACGGACCAAAGAUGAUGUCCCUUACUCUAAAGGGACCAGGGAGUCCAGCAACACUGAUGGUACCCUGAUCUCCAAGAGACGAAGCAUUGCGGUAGAGGAGCUGCGGGGUGUGACCACGGUGGAGCUGAUGAAGAGGGAGGGCAGCAGCCUCGGCCUCACCAUCUCCGGGGGCUCUGACAAGGACGGCAAGCCCAGAGUGUCAAACCUGCGGCCGGGGGGGCUGGCGGCCAGGAGUGACCAGCUGAAUGUCGGAGAUUAUAUCAAGUCUGUGAACGGCAUCAACCUGACCAAACUUCGCCACGAUGAAAUUAUAAGCCUACUCAAGAACAUCGGAGAGAGGGUGGUGUUAGAAGUGGAGUAUGACCUGCCUCCAUAUGUGCCCAAUAACUCUGCUGCUGUGAUCUCAAAGACCAUUGAAGUGUGUCUUCAGAAGGAAGGCAACAGCUUUGGUUUUGUUAUGAGAGGAGGUUUUCAUGAGGACUGGCACAGGUCACGACCUCUAGUGGUGACCUACGUCCGGCCUGGAGGCCCUGCAGACAGGGAGGGCACUCUGCGAACAGGGGACCGUGUGCUAAGUGUGAACGGGGUGGCUCUGCACACACACAAACACGCCGACGCGCUGACCACGCUAAUGCAGAGCAACCAGGAGUCCUUCUUCCUCAUCGAGUAUGACGUCUCCAUCAUGGACUCUGUGAAGCAGGCCUCAGGGCCUCUGCUGGUGGAGAUUCCAAGGCCUGCGGGCUCAACACUGGGGGUCAGCCUGACUACAGCACUCUACAGGAAUAAGCAGGUCAUCACUAUAGAAAAGAUCAAGCCAGCCAGUGUGGCCGAGAGGUGUGGGGCACUGCAUGUAGGGGAUAUUCUCCUGUCCAUUGAUGGCACGAACACGGAGCACUGCACCCUAAUGGAGGCACAUCAGCUGCUGGCCACCAGCAUAGACGUCACCAAGCUGGAGAUCCUCCCAGCCCACCAGGACCCAGUGCGAGUGCAGAAGAGUGGUCAGCGCCAGUGGGACCCCAGCGUGAGUUAUCUGCAGCCAGCCCACCAGCCGGCGCAUGGCAAAGCCACCACGGCCCCCUGGACCGUCCAGGGCAGCCACGGCCCACCGGGCCCGCCGCACGGCCACCUCGCCCCCCCUGACCACUGCAGGACCCUUCCACCCAGCAGCUACUCUCCCUCCUCAACAAACACCUCUGGCUACCACAGCCAGAACAGCAGCGCUCAGACUACAUAUCCCAGCAGCACCCAGCCUCAAUAUCCCAGCAACACCUAUCCCUCCAGCCCCCGGAGCACCGUGACCAAGAGGAGGCAACGGAGGAAGGACCACAAGAGCUCACUGUCUCUGGCCUCCAGUACGGUGGGCCCUGGGGGACAUGUGGUGCACAUCGAGACCAGCGAGGUGAUCCUGAGAGGGGACCCCCUGACUGGGUUCGGCAUCCAGCUACAGGGGGGCGUGUUCGCCACCGAGACCCUGUCCGCCCCGGCCUGCAUCCGCUUCAUGGAGCCGGACAGUCCCGCCGAGAAAUGUGGAGUCAUCCAGGUAGGAGACAGACUGCUCUCUAUCAACGGAAUCCCCACAGAGGACGGGACUCUGGAGGAGGCCAAUCAGCUGCUCCGGGACACGGCGCUAGCCAAUAAGGUCACUCUGGAGAUCGAAUUUGAUGUUGCUGAAUCGGUGGUACCCAGCAGUGGCACAUUCCAUGUGAAGCUUCCCAAGAGACGUGGUGUGGAGCUGGGCAUCACCAUCAGUCUGAGCAAAAAGACUGGACAACCUCUGGUCAUUUCUGAAAUCAAGCGAGGAAGCAUUGCUCAUAGGACGGGUACUCUGGAGCCGGGUGACCGGCUUCUGGCCAUAGAUAAUGUUCGUCUGGAGAACUGUGGGAUAGAGGAGGCCAUGAAAGUCCUCCAGCAGGCUGAAGACAUGGUCAAACUCUGGAUACAGAAAGAUGAGGACAACACAGAGGAGCUGGAGAUGUCCGACUCCAUCAUGUACACUGUGGAGCUGAAGCGCUACGGUGGCCCACUAGGCAUCACCAUCUCGGGCACCGAGGAGCCCUUUGACCCCAUCCUCAUCUCCAGCCUCACCCGCAACGGCCUGGCACAAAGGACGGGCGCCCUGCAUGUGGGGGACCGGAUCCUGGCCAUCAACAACGUGAGCCUGAAGGGGAAGCCACUGAGCGAGGCCAUUCAGCUGCUGCAGACGGCCGGGGAGACGGUCACCCUCAAGAUCAAGAAGAGAGCUCACCAUGUCAGUGGACUGAGUGACACAGAGGAUGACCUAUCAGAGAGAGCGGCUACCCUCCCGGAGCUCAACCCGUUAAACAUUGCUGGCCUGGACUCUGUGCUGGAGUCCUGGAACAGCUCGGGCAUCGACCCCGGAUAUGACAGCCAGGGUACCUACAUACACAGGACGGCUGACCUGACUCUCCACCCUCACGAAUGGAGACGCAGCAAACACAGGAGCCCCCUGCGCUCCUCGGCCCACACACACCACGCCCCAGCGUACGAUGGGAGGUUAGAUGAAGACGAGUGGAGCAAACACUUAGGAUCCCUCAGUCCCGUGCGUCGCCGUGGUAACAGCGAAAAUCAGGAGAGUUUCUGGCAAGCGUUACAGGAUCUGGAGACGUGCGGGCAGUCAGGGAUCCUGAGAGAGCUGGAGGCUUCCAUGAUGACUGGCAGCAGCCUGAGUCUGGGAACAGAUGACACCUGUCUGUCACAUGACCGCCUUCCGUCGCGCAAGGUCUCUGUCGCUCCGCCGAAGCCAAAGAGGAGCUCCUGGGCGGGCGUCGUGGAGAAAGAGGAUCUGAAAGAGAUGAAUUCGACCUCCCCUCUAGAACUGCUGAAGGUGACCUUACAUAGAGACCCAGAGAUGCGUGAUUUUGGCUUCAGCGUGUCAGACGGUCUGCUGGAGAAAGGCGUGUACGUCAACAUGAUCCGACCUGGUGGUCCUGCCAACCAGGCGGGCCUGCAGCCUUACGACCGCAUCCUACAGGUGAACCAUGCACGCACGCGGGACUUUGACUGCUGCCUGGCUGUGCCUCUCAUCAGCGAGGCUGGUGAGCAGCUCAACCUCGUCAUAAGCAGGAACCCCCUCACUCAGGCACAUGUUUGGCCACCUCAGGACUGUGAGGACCCCUCAGGCCCAGCAGCACUCUACCCCCAGCGCAGGCCCAAUGCUGUGCAGCUCUGAGAGCCUGGGAGCGAUUUUACACACACACACACACACACACACACACUCACACACACACACACACUCUCACACUCCACACACCCCACCUGCCCCCUCACACACACCAGGGCAGCUGACUGGAACUGAUCUGGCUUUGAUCUGGUCUGGCACAGAUGGGUCCUGACUGGUCCUACACGGGCUCGAUCAGGGCAGGUCUACUUCACAAUUAGCUGCUUUUAACCGUGCCAAAGUCCAGGAGAAAUCCACGGGACCGCCGAAAGUUAAAGUAGUUUACAAGAGUUGAACACACUGGACUUCUCACCAGGUUCAUCACGUUCUUUUGGGCACAGAUGGAAUUUGGUCCAAUUUUUCUUUCUUUUUUUCUGUAUUUGUUUUGAAGUCAUUCCCUCACUGUUGUUUUUGUUGUUUGUUUUUACACAACCUGUACUGUACACAGUUUUCCUUUGUUUUUACACUACCUGUACUGUGCACAGUUUUCCUUUAGUUUUGCACACGGCACUGCAUUUUCUUUCUUCCCCGUCUUGCAAAUGUCACUCUCCUCCAUCGCCACCCCUCACUUGCAGCACACUCCCCCACACUCUCUUUGUUCCCUUCUUUAUGUUCACAAGUCUUGAUCGGGUUUCUUCAAUCAACCUGAAAUAUUCACCUCAAAGCAGGCCACUGACACCACAUAAAAGCUCAAUGUUUUGACUACAAUGUGUCAACGUAAAACAAUGCAACACCAAAGCACCACCCCCCCUCACACACACAAACACACACCUCUCAGCCCCUCACACACACAUCUCUCAGCCCUUCACACACAUACUGUACACACGCACACACACACUUUAGCCCCAUUCAAAUCUGUGUCUAGAAUAAUGCUUACAUAACUGGUCUGAGUCUGUACGUGAGAUUAUGACUGUCAUAUAUGUCCCUGAUUCCCGGGGAGGGAAGUUGUACGGCACAGAGGUCGAUGUUGUUUUUAAUGCUUUUAAACGAGUCAUUUUUCUUUUUUAAUAUGAUGAAGUGUUUUAACCAAUAGUAGCCGGGCACGUUGCCCUGCCACCACAACAAGCGCCAGAGUGAGUGUGAGCGGCAGCAGAGUCAGAGGCAGAGCAGCUCUUUCUCCAUUCCAGCUCUUUUUCCUGCUCCCAGAUAGUAACGCCGCCCAUCCAUUAUUCAUGCCCCUGGUUCUAUAUUGUGUACAGUGGAUGCCGUGCAUUUGUACAUGUGUGAUAUUAAAUAUGGAUCGUCUGCACAGUAUUUUUACUUCGUGCUCCCCUCGAUGUCCUACGGUAACGACCACGAUGUCAGGAGAGAGAGAGAGAGCGUGAGAGUGGAUGCUGAGAAGACUCACUGUCUGCCUGUAAAAUGUGAUUUUAUUCUUUUAAAAAAUGGAUUUGCUUCCUUUCUAUAUAAAAAAAAAAUAAAACCGUCACCAAA